GUUAUCCAGCACUUCUUCAUAUUCACAAUUCACGCACUCCUCGGGACUCUAAGCUACUAGUCGCCCAUCUACUCUUUAUAUUUAGAGGUCCACACUACUUCGAUUUUUCAGGAAUUGCAUUCACCCCUAUUUCUUCCAUCCAGACCCAGGCAUCAUGGAUACACCGAACAUGCACCUCGUCGCGCGGAAACUCUUCGGUGGUCAUGGUGGCAGCAAAAAUCACACCUGCCCUGCACCCGACACCAAUGGCCCUACCAUAGUACCCCUCUUCGGCUCCAUGUCCUUUAAGACUUUCUCGACCGUCGUCGCCGGCGCAACCUCCAUAGUCACCAUUCUCUUAGCACUCACCCUCGUCCUCCGACACGCAACACACUACACCAUCCCCAAGGAGCAGCGCCAGAUCAUCCGGAUAGGCUGCUUCCUCCCCUGGGUCACCAUUUUCGCCUUCUUGAGCGUCGCCUUCGAGUCCAAGGGCUUGUACAUCGCGCCUGGCAUUGACAUCGCGACUGCGCUGGCGCUGUCGAGCUUCCUGCUUUUGCUUUGCAACUACGUCCUGUCGAACCCCGAUGGGCUGCAGGACUUGUUUGGGAAUGAUGUAUACACGGCCCAGAGUCCGGCGUGGCUGAAGAGAUCGUGGUACAUGGUGCUCCAGUUCAUCCCCGUCAGCGUCAUUCUCUGGAUUGCGACCGCCGCGAGUUUGGCAGCUGGGACCUACUGCUCCAACUCUAACAGCAUCUACUUCGUUCACAUCUGGGUCACCGUAAUCAGAGGCUUCUGUACAGGAAUGGCGGUCAUGUCAAUCUUCCGCUUCCACAAGAUUAUGCAUGCGAAACUGGCCCCGCACAAAAUAAUGAUGAAGUUCUUCGCAUUCAAGGGCGUUAUCGUAGUCAUGUUCAUCCAAGCGUUCCUCAUCAGCAUCCUCGUCUCGUCAAAGGUCAUCAAACCAACCAGCCAUCUCACCUACAACAACAUCCAAGUAGGCGUCCCGAAUCUGCUCCUGUGCUGCGAACUGCCCUUCUUCUCCGCCUUCAUCCUCUACGCCUAUCGCGUUACCCCCUACAGCAAGGCCAAGCUCGGAAGCCCUAAAUAUGGCGCUUUUGCGGCAAUAAUCCAGGCGCUGAACUACACGGAUAUUCUGUCCGCUUUCUUCAAGGGGCCGAUGAAGUUGAUAAAGGACCAGGAGGGGGUAAAAGGACGUGAUGGUGAUGGGAUGAUGCCUUUGAUUGCACCACCUGCCUACAACAACGCACAGCCAAUUGCGUACAACAGACAGUCAAACGGCCCGCAUGAUUACGAAUACCAUGGUGUAGGGGCCUGAAGGGGACUUCUCACAAAACGUGGCUGUAUAUGGAGGACAUAUUCGUUUCUGGAUGCAGGAACAGGUGCACUGAAGCGUUGGUAUAUGGAGUCUAGUCCUUCUCGGUCGGUGAGGUGUACGGAGUUGGAAUUUGAACCCUAUUGGGCAAUGAGCGUUAGCAAUGUUGCAAAUCGAUCUGGAUGUAGAUAUCUUUCGCUGUGAAAGAGAAUGGAGCUCAUACUUACGCUACUGGAAGGUUCCAUAUUCAUCUAUAGAAAAUAUCGUAGAUCCGGAUAAGGACAGGAUUACAGAGGGCCUUGAUGUAAGGGAAAUCUCAUAGAUCAUUUCCAAUCAAUUUGUCGAGAUAUUGGA